GGCUUGGAGUUGGCAACACUGUUCGUGACCAAGUUCGUUCCCUCCUGUUCCUUCCUAUUUACCUCGUUCGACGACGGACAAAAUGGGACGCCGUCCAGCGAGGUGUUAUCGCUAUUGUAAGAACAAGCCGUAUCCAAAGUCACGGUUUUGUCGUGGUGUGCCGGAUCCUAAGAUCCGCAUUUUCGACUUAGGGAAGAAGAAGGCAUCCGUUGAAGAUUUUCCACUAUGCGUGCAUUUAGUUUCAGACGAGUAUGAACAAUUGAGCUCUGAAGCUCUUGAAGCUGGACGUAUCUGUGCUAAUAAGUACAUGGUCAAGAAUGCUGGGAAAGAUCAGUUCCAUAUUCGAAUGCGAUUGCAUCCAUUCCAUGUCAUUCGCAUUAAUAAAAUGUUAUCGUGCGCUGGAGCUGAUAGGCUCCAAACUGGAAUGCGCGGUGCCUUUGGCAAGCCUCAAGGUACGGUAGCACGUGUACACAUUGGUCAGCCUAUUAUGAGCGUUCGUUCAUCUGACCGCCAUAAGGCGGCUGUGAUCGAGGCAUUGCGUCGUGCUAAGUUUAAGUUCCCUGGCCGUCAGAAGAUCUAUGUUUCCAAGAAGUGGGGCUUCACAAAGUACGACCGUGCAGAGUAUGAAAAACUUAAGGUGGAAGGACGUCUUGCACCCGAUGGUUGCAAUGUCAAAUAUCUUCCAGAGCAUGGACCUUUGGACCAAUGGAAAAAAUUCAGAGAAGUUUUUCAUGCAGCUGCAUAAAUGACAGUGAUUUCAUAUAUACAAUACUGGUUUCAAUAAAUUUGUAUUGAAUAAAAAUGGUACGCAAUAUA